UGUUACUUUAUGCUUUGUGGCCUUAUACUUAGUUCAAAAUUGAACAAAUCGUAUUGUAUAAACUCACGUGCUAACAGCAAUCACGUGCAGCUACAGUGCAGAAACUAUUUACAAAGAACGCAGCACAUAUAGGCGGACGUGCUUAAUAUCACGUUUAGGGGCGUUACAAGCAGAGAGGAAUAUUUUCCCCGCGGAAACGUUCAAUUUUCAAAAUAAACCUAGCAACGCUCGUCGUCACGGAAAUGGGGGCGCCCCCGUUUGUGGUGGCGGAUGAACGUGAUUUCGAAUCAGAAACACGUUUACGUGUAUGAUUGCGUUUCGGAAAUUGCAUUCAAGCCGGAGCCGGUUUAAUUUAUGUGCUUCCAUUUCCAUGCUCAUCGGCUCGGCACCAUCAGGUUCAAUUGCGUGAUAUUUUUUCACAACAAUUUUCCCGUACUUUUCACACCACCGAUGAAGGUUGCCUUAAUUCUAUCAACGGUACUAGAGGGCUAUAUCGGGUUUAGUGUGUCGCAGGUUGCUUUUUUUUCUUUCUAACGGAGUGACUGUGCAGUGGAUGUGAAAAAUGCGAUAAAUCAUGUGAAUGCAAAAGGCAUCAGGCGGUGCACACUAAGUGCGAAGAACUGCAGCGUCGUCGUCGGCAAAGGUGUGCUGUGUGUUGGCCAUGCUGAGCACCAUCGGUGACAGGAAAACAGAGACAGCCCACGUCUAAUGCCGUGUAUCGAAGAAGGGUUGGCGUGUGCGGUUCGACAGAGAAAUCGUUCCAACCACCAGCACCACCUCCAACAUCAUCAUCAUCAUCAUCAUCAUCAUCGGUGUCGUAGUUCACACCAUCACCAUUUCAUCGUAUCGCUAGCCUGCGCGGCGGCUAGUAGUGGUCCGGCACCGGCGAACCGGUGCGGUGGGACCGGCAAUCUCGUCUGGUCGCUAGUGAAGGUGAAACCGUGCCACCAACGCCAGCGGCACACCAACGGUGACGGCUUCAAUCAGCGCACGAUGAACUUCUGCGGUUGGCUGAAGGUGUUCAAACGCAAAGGAAAACAACAACAAGUGACGGCCGGUGAUGGGAGUCGAGAGGAUGGUCGGUCGAAUGCCGGCGAUUGGCCGGAGGUGCCCCAACCGGCCGAAGACCGAAAAUCGAGCGGAAAACGUGCUAAUGGACGGUUCGGUUGGGGAAGGAAAAUUAAAAGCGCCGCGAAGCAGCAGCAACAGCAGCCCCUUUCGCCGGUUGCCGGUGCGGAAGAGCUACCAAAGGAGGAACCGGCAGUACUGGAACCGGAAACCAGUGGCCCAUCGAAUGGUGUCGAGGAGAAGAAGAACGAGAAGAAAGAGGACCAGGGCAUCGAGAAGACGGAUGAAGGAAACCCCCGGAACAAGACCGCACUGAAACCGGGCCACUCGUUGAUGGACUGGAUCCGGUUGGGUAAUUCGGGUGCCGAUCUCACCGGGACCGGAGGCCGAACCCAACCGGUAAGCCAUGCGGAACUGGCCAAGCACGACCGAAAGGAGGACGCCUGGAUGGCGAUCCGAGGGAAGGUGUACAACGUGACGCGAUACAUGGACUUUCAUCCCGGUGGUGCCGACGAGCUGAUGCGUGGUGUCGGCAAGGACGCUACGAAGCUGUUCGAUGAGGUGCACGCCUGGGUAAACUACGAGUCUCUGCUGGCGAAGUGUUACAUCGGACCGCUGCGUAACGUGGUCACCGUAAAUCUGACGUCCGACACAACCAAACCAAACCCCAACAGCAAACUUCCGCCACCGCCACCUUCCUUCUUGGCCACAACGAAAGCAGCAACACCCAACCUGACGGCCGCCAGCGUGUCAACGACGACGACGACGACAACGACAGUAACCACAAACACGCUACCAGAUGGCAAGGAACCGAACCGAGCCUUACCAGCCAGCUGCUCCACUACAUCGAUUAUCAGUUCGGGUAGCGACGACGAUUCGCUGAAGGUGUCUAUUCCCAUCGUACCGCGGUUCGAUUGGAUCCAGAAAACGGCCGAUCUGACGCUCAUCUACUACACUCGCUCACUGGCGAACCCGGGCAUGCUGGUGGAAUGCGAUGACGACCGGACCGGGGUGUCGGUGAACAUACUGCUCGAGGCCAGCGUACAGCAUCGUUACCGGUUCCGGCUGUCGAACGCCAUACAGUGGCCGUGCACCGUACGCAACUCGCUGGAAUCGGGAAAGAUCGAGCUUCAGUUCGGCAAGGAAGUGCCCGCACUCUGGACGGCCUUCGGUGAUAUGCAGCACGAACGCAAAGAGAACUGCGAGAUGCAGCUGUACGAGUAUGAUGUGGCGACACGGCUCGAGAUCACACACGAUUCCUGCGCUUUGCUACUGCAACCGAAAAGCAAUCGACUACUGCAGAUCACUCCGGUCGGGUAUCACGUUUCCGUGUCCGCGUCCAUCGAUGGAGAGUACGUGUCGAGGAGCUACACACCUGUGCCUGCUCACUCCGUUGGAACGGACUGUCCCGGGACGUGUGUACCGUUGCUGGUGAAAUCGUACCCCGACGGUAGCCUCUCGAAACACCUUACGCGACCGGUACCGCUAGCCACGUCCCUGCAGGUGUCACAACCGAGCGGUAACUUUGUGCUGAGCAAGCUGCGGUACCACAAUCGAUUCGCGCUGCUGGCAGCCGGCAGCGGACUGACGCCAAUGUUGGCCUUACUUAGCUAUCUGCUCGAGCGGAACAGCAACCGAAUAGAACACGUGAGUCUGCUGUACUUCAACAAAACCGAGGCCGAUAUCUGGUGCCGGGAGAUGCUGGAAAAUUUAUGCAAAAAGAACAAAAGACUCACCGUUAGGCACUUUCUAUCGGAAGCAGACCCACCACAAGAUGCCGGCAUAUCGGAUCAGGAUUCAGCGGACGACAGCGAGCUCGGUACCGGUUCGUUCUUCUCACGGGGCCGCAUAUCGCUCGAAAUCGUUCGACAGCUGACGACUCCCGGGUCCCGGUCGCACGUCACCUACUGCUGCGUCUGCGGACCGAAACCAUUCAACGAGCUGUGUCUUCAGUACUUUCAGCAAACGGAACAUAACCCGAAACACCUGCACAGCUUUCAGGGUUAGCUGCAGCAGGGUCGCGUCAGGUGCGGACAAAUCAUGGAAGGUGUACCCUGCGGGUUGGUGAUUGCAUUGUGAUAGAACCAUGCGAGCGAGCGAAAUAGAAAGAGGAGGACGCGUUAACACAGGGAAGAGAUAGCUUUUUGUAGGUCCGCGCGUAAAAUGUUUUGUAGCGAAAGUGUGUUUAUGUGUGUGUGUAUGUAUUAGGAACCAAAUACGAAGCGCAUCGCAUAGGAACCAAUAGUACGCAAAAGCAAAGCACCAAGCACAGUUACUGUUACUACUUAUGCGAAUACUACUAGUACUACUACUAACGACACACUGCGAAUAGAGCAAAACGGGUAGCGAACUCACCUGCACCGGACACCCAGCAAACACACCUAUCGGCACGUUAUCAUCAUAUGUUUAAAGGACCACUCGCAUGUGAACAUGAAGUCACCAUCAUCGCUGUUGUCGCCCAUAUUACUGUUAGAGAGAUGUGUUGUUUAUUGUGUAGUGACAGAGGGAGGGAAAGCUAGAUAGAGCAUAAAGAGAGUGCGAGCGGUAACUGAACACACAGGACAUGAGCAACGGAAAUGAUAGAAGAUAGAAACAUAUGGAAACAGGAAGCAAAAAAACCUAAGCAGAAACCUAGAAUAUUUUGUAAAGAGUCCCUUUUUAUACCAGUUUCUUUAGAGCAAUAUGGUUUGGUGUUUCGGGAUUGGUUCAUUUUAAGAGGCUAAACUGAUAGACCGACAUGUUGUCUACAAAGCUGGGAAAAGAAUACAUCAAUAGGGAUGGAUAUAUUUUAUCAACAUAAUUCAAUCACCGCACCCUUUCGUUCCGCAAUAUGCAAUCCACGUAGUCUAUCUGGUAUGUAUUUUUGUUUAAUUUCUAUCGUAAAGCUUAUGGAUGAUGCUGGAACGUGAAAGUUACAUACUUCUUCAUUAUGCAUAAACGCCACAGCGGAAUCCAAUUGAUGCAUGAAGUGUUAUUAGUUCAGAGAUACGUUAAAUGAAGCAUUCAGUUUAGCAUAUAAAAUCGACAAUAUAUGAUAUGCGCUGUUGGCACAGGAUACUCCAAAUCAUCAACAUCACUCUAGUUCAUUUUACAGUAUUUUCAUGGAAAUUGUUUGUCACAAAGUAUCACCCGUGUUUCGUUUAUUUCAUUGUGUUGACAUUCCUACUAACUAGAUGCCAUCAACGAUGAUUGAAAAAGUCAAAGCCAUCUUAAACCGCCAACACAAUUUCCUUAACUAUACAGCAUAAGUUGACAUGGGUGUGGUUGAAUUCUUUCCCCAUUUCUCGAACUGCCUCCAAUGUAUUCCACACUUUCUAUUGUAAUUCAUUUAGUACUAAACGUGGUGAACGGCCUAUGAACGACACUUCUUUGAAACUUUUUAUCAACAUACCCUUUUGAUAGAGAAUCCAAAGCAUCCAGGGCGAGAGAGGAGAACGAGAAGGAACUAAUGUGUACUGUCCGGAAGGUCCGUGGAGGUGAACGAGUGAAGCAAAAUAAAAAGUAA